AUGGGUCCACAGCCAAAUCCUCAAAAAUCACUGGAAUUGUACAAAACAACCAGUUCCGCGCAAGAUUUCCACAGCCUGCGCGACAAGGUGGUGGUAGUCACAGGCGGUGGAGAUGGCAUUGGAAUUGCUCUUGUAAAGGCUAUCACAGAGUUUGGUGCUCAUGCUGCAGUGAUCGGCCAGAGUGAGGCGCCUAAUCAACAACUACGCGAGAUUCAAAAUGUGCAUAAGGCAAGCCAGGUGAAGUAUUACUGUGCCGAUGUUACGCAGGAAUCGCUGCUUAAAACGACAUUUGAUCAAAUUUUGCUGGACUUCGGAAGAGUUGACGGAGUGAUAGCGUGCGCUGGGGUCUGCAUCGAAAAGCCUUUUGUUGAACAUACGUGGGAAGAGGUGGUUCAACUCCAGAUGGUAAAUAGCAUAGGAUUAUUCUUCACCGUCCAACUAGCCGUGAAGGCGAUGCUACAAAACCAUGCUGUGCAGGAUCACAACGCACCGAAGGGUAGUGUCAUUCUCAUUGGGAGCAUUGCUACGGACAGCGGCCUUGAGAGUCAGGGUCUGACUGCCUAUUCGGCAUCCAAAGGUGCAGCCAAAGGUCUGCUUCAUAGCUUAGCUGUUGAGUUGGCGCCGAAGGGAAUUCGAGUCAAUAUGAUAUCGCCAGGACAUACUAUCACGGACAUGUCGGUCAGUCAAUGGAAGACCCGCCCAGAGCUGGAAACUGUCAUGAAGGCCGCCAUCCCAAUGGGGCGAAUGGCAGACCGAAGAGAUCUGAAAGGUGCUGCUGUAUAUUUCUUAUCGGAUGCGUCGCUAUAUACAACUGGCAGUAAUCUAGUUAUUAGUGGUGGUCUCCAUGCUGGAAGGGUCUAA